ACUAGGUUCAGUACCGACCAAGCAUGCUAGCAGUGGCCUUUCUGUGUGAACGCAGAGUCUUUGGGGCUAUACGUCGAACGCUUGCCAUCUCUUGGACUGUAAACCAAACUCAUUCUUGUUUCACCUUCUCUACCCAAGCACUUGAUAAUUCGUCUGGGAAGGAGAGUUCAGUUUCGAAUCGACGAGAAGAAGAAGAACCCAAUAGUUUGUGUAGGACUAUCAAUCAAACCCAUUCUAGUUUCACCUUCUCUACCCAAACACCUGGUAAUUCGUCUGACAAGGAGUGUUCAGUUUCGAAUCGACGAGAAGAAGAAGAACCCAAGAGUUUGUUUAGGACUAUCAACCAAACCCAUUUUGAUUUCACCUUCUCUACACAAACACCUGAUAAUUCGUCCGAGGAGGAGGAGAGUUCAGUUCCGAAUCGACGAGAAGAAGAAGAAGAACCCAAGACUUUGUGUAGGAGGAUUGAAAGGCUCGGCAAAGGAGAGCCUGUUGGGUCUGCCUUCCAGAGCUGGAUGGGCGAGGGCUUACCCAUUCAUAGAGGCGACAUCUUUCACACCAUCAACCGUUUGCGGAAGCUCCAAUUCAACAAACGUGCCCUUGAGGUGAUGGAAUGGGUGAUCAGAGAGAGGCCUUACAGACCAAAGGAACUAGACUACUCCUAUCUUUUGGAAUUCACAACUAAGCUUCAUGGGGUAUCACAAGGUGAAAAACUGUUCUGUCAUGUCCCACAGGAGUUUCAAAACGAGUUACUCUACAACAAUCUCGUAAUUGCAUGCCUGGAUAAAGGCAUGAUAAAGCUUGCACUUGCAUACAUGAAGAAAAUGAGGGAAUUUAGUCACCCCAUUUCACACCUAAUUUUCAACCGCCUUAUUAUCCUCCAUUCCUCCCCAAGCCGUAAGAAAGCCGUCCAAAAAAUUCUCAGACAAAUGAAGGCCGAUAAGGUAGAUCCACAUGUCUCCACCUACAACAUUCUCAUGAAAAUAGAAGCUAAUGAACACAAUAUUGAAGGGUUGGUAAAGGUGUUUGGUGAAAUGAAGCGAGCAAAAGUAGAGCCAAAUGAGAUCUCCUUCUGCAUAUUAGCUACUGCACAUGCUGUGGCAAGGUUAUACACCGUUUGUGAGGCUUAUGUUGAAGCUGUGGAGAAGUCCAUAACAGGAAAUAACUGGUCAACACUAGAUGUCCUUGUUAUAUUGUAUGGGUAUUUGGGGAAGGGAAAGGAGCUUGAGCGAACUUGGGGCCUUGUGCAAGAACUCCCCCAUGUUAGGCCUAAGAGUUUUGUGCUGGCUGUUGAAGCAUUUGGGAGGAUUGGAGAGGUAAGUCGUGCUGAAGACCUUUGGUUUGAAAUGAAAUCAACAAAAGGCUUGAAAUCGACCGAGCAAUUUAAUUCAAUGAUAUCUGUUUAUUGUAAACAUGGGUUUAUUACUAAAGCAACUGGGUUGUAUAAAGAAAUGGAGAAAUAUGGAUGCAAACCAAAUGCCAUAACUUUUCGACAACUUGCUCUGGGUUGCUUGAAAGCAGGAUUAAGCAAAGAAGCCCUGAAAACACUGGAGUUGGGGAUGGAUCUGACAACAAGCACCAGAGUAAAGAAAUCGACCCCAUGGCUGGAGACCACUCUUUCAAUAGUUGAAUUGUUUGCAGAGAAGGGUGAUGUAGAGAAUGUUGAGAACUUGUUUGGAGAAUUGAAAAAAGCAAAUUAUGCUAGGUAUACUUUUGUGUACAAUACAUUGAUCAAGGCUUACGUAAAGGCCAAGAUUUAUGAUCCAAACCUUCUGAGAAGGAUGAUUCUGGGAGGGGCUCGACCAGACUCGGAGACCUAUAGCCUUGUGAAACUACUUGAGCAGUUCCGAACCUGAUUCUAUUUUAUUGUGAUUAAAUAAGUUACGUUUUAUACCAAUCACUGAUUUCUAGAAAUGGGAUACAAGUUUGGUAUGUGGAUCUUAUCAGUGGAACAAAGUAAAAACAAGAGAACUGGAAUAAAUUUGGGAGUAUCAUCCUGCAAUGGGGAUGCCACAUACCGGUUUCGAUUAUUAAUGUUCUUUUCCCUGCUUGGGGCUGGUGAAGAAAUUUUGUAAUAACGGUAUGUAUCACUUCAGGUUGUUUUUCCCUUGUCGUCAAAGACUCCUCCUUUUGAAGAUUCUAACAGAAUAGUACCAGAGAAAUAUUGUCUAAGCCAGUCUACACCUCCAACAUUGCUAAUUUGAUACGCUACAACCGGCAUAACCUGGGGUUGAAGCAGACACUCUCUUCUUGGUUGCCGCUCCUAGUUGGGCCAAUUUUUACCCUGAUAAAUGUUUUUGAAGCUGACCGGUAGUUGUGAGUUUCUUUGUAAUUCAAAGCAUUAUUGACAUUUAUAUACAUGCCUAGUGCAAUACAAUUGUAAUCACUUGCUUUUUUUUUAGGACUUGUUGCUGGCCAUGGAUGAAAAUGGAAUGAGUAUAAACGUUCAUCUAUGUACUGAAAUUCUGUCUUCCUUUUUAUGACAAGUUGAUAUAUUCAUGUUUUAUGGGUUUUGAUUUUU